AUGAUCCGAUUGCCGACUCGGACUGUUCUCCGGCGUGUGGGACUGACGUCGCUAGCGAAAAGUUCCUAUGCAUCAGUUUCUAGCAAAGGGAUCACUACGCAGCAAAAGGAGAUUGUGAAAGCUACAGUUCCGGCCCUUGAAGAACAUGGAGUUACGAUCACCACGCUCUUCUAUCAGCGUAUGCUGGCGGCACAUCCAGAGCUCAAAAAUAUCUUCAACACUGCUCAUCAAGUCACUGGUGAACAACCCGCAGCUCUAGCCCAUGCCGUGUGGGCGUACGCAGUGAACAUUGAUCAUCCCGAGGCUUUAGCAGCAGCUGUCUCGCGUAUUGGACAUAAGCAUGCCAGUUUGGGAGUCACGGCCGAUCAAUACCCCAUUGUCGGCCAACACUUGCUCGCCGCAAUCAAAGAGGUUCUGGGGCCCGCUGCCAACGAGGAAGUGCUCGAUGCGUGGGCAGCAGCCUACCAGCAGCUGGCGGAUAUCUUUAUCAACUUUGAAGAGAAUCUCUACCAGCAGAACAUGAAGACACCCGGCGGCUGGAAAGGAUGGCGGAAAUUUUAUAUUUCUAAGAAGGUCCCGGAGAGCGACGAGAUCAUUUCCUUUCAUCUUACUCCAUCGGACAAGGGUGGCCUGCCAACAUACAAGCCUGGCCAAUUUGUUAGCUUGCGCCACUACGUGCCCGAGCUAGGUUCAUACCAACCCCGACAGUACAGCCUGUCUGACGCCCCGAGCGGGGACCACUUCCGGAUCUCCGUCAAACGUGAAUUUGCUGCCGAUUCGAAACCAGCCGGGCGCAUCUCGAACGUUCUACACGAGUCUCUCCCCGAAGGCGCUGAGUUGGAUGUGAGCAUGCCAUUCGGUGACUUCGUUCUUGAUAUCAAUGCAACUACUCCGGCAGUCCUAAUUAGCGGUGGUGUGGGACUUACGCCUAUGAUGUCCAUGCUGAAGAGCAUCGUUAAUCAGCAAGGUCAGUCGCGACAAGUCAUGUUUAUCCAUGCGGCGCGUAAUGGUCGUGUUCACGCCAUGAAGCAUGAUCUUGUGCGGACAGUUGCCGAAAAUCCGUCCGUCAGCCGCUUGGUGUUCUAUGAAGAAGCCACAGAAAAUGAUACGCAGGGUCUGGACUAUGAUUACAUAGGACGAGUAGACUUGGGCAAAAUCAAGGACAAGGCCCUUCUUCCGGACGCGGACUACUAUAUCUGCGGGCCGCAGCCUUUUAUGAAGGCUCAGAGCCAGAGCUUGGAGGCCUUGGGAGUUAAACCUGAUCGCAUUCACAUGGAGGUUUUUGGCUCUCCACAUGACUGA